AUGGCCGGCGCCGCCCUGCUGCUCGGCGCCUUCGUCGCGACCGUGAAGCGGCGGGAGGCGCCCGCCCUGGCCGUCGCGCCCUACGUCGCCGCGGACCCGCUCGGCGAGGCGCCGCUGGGCUACGCGACGGCGCUCGGCGGCGCGCUCGCGGGCAUGGUCGCGCGGACCGACGCGGCCUUUGCGGACACGUGCGUCGCGCGGAACCCGGCCCGCCAGGGCACGCCGCUCGCCGUCGCGCCCGUGGCCGGCGUCGACGACGUCGUCGCCGCGCUCGCCUUCGCCCGGGCCAACCGGGUGCGCGUCACGGUCUUCUCCACGGGCCACGACUACGACGGCAAGUCGACGGGCGACGACGCGCUCACGCUCGACCUGUCCGCGAUGCGCUGGGUCGACGUCGACCCGGCGCAUAAAACGGCGCGCGUGGGCCCCGCGACGCGCUGGCUCGAGGUCUUCGAGGCCGCGGCGCCCCACGGCCUCGUGCCCGUGUCCGGCUACGACUCGUCCGUCGGCGUGUCCGGCUUCCUCAUGGGCGGCGGCCACGGCGCGCUGAGCCGCGCGCGGGGCCUCGGCUGCGACCAGGUCCUCGGUGUCACGCUCGUCACGGCCGACGGCGCAAUUCGGUCCCUGAGCGCGGCGUCGGAGGGCCUCGACGGGGAGCUGUUCUGGGCGCUCCGGGGCGGCGGCGGCGGCACGUUCGGCGUCGUCACGGAGUGGCUCCUCCGGCUGCACGACGCGCCCCGGGACGUCGUCCAGGUGACGGGCGUCGUGGGCUUCAAAGAGAAGGAGGCCGAGGUCCGCCGCGCGCUCACGGGGGCGAUCCACAACGCGUCCUGGUGGCGCGCGCUCGACCGGGGCUGGUCGGGCUGGCCGAGCCUGAGCCGCUACGUCCGGCCCGACGGCACCGUCGGCGGCGUCUUCCAGCCGCUCUUCAUCUACAGCGGCGACGACGCGGACCCGCUCGCGGCGGGCACGCCCAUGCGGGACAUGCUCGACCUCUUCCCGUCGGAUCUCCUGAACGUCACGCGCCUCCCGUCGCUCCUCGCGUUCGAGGAGCACCUCGGCUCCAUCCGCAACGGCGAGGGCGUCCGCCAGGCCAUCGGCAACAUCUUCGCCUCGGCGGCGGAUUUAAACGACGGCGGCGGCGAGCGGCUCACGGACUUCGUCGUCGGCGAGAUCAAGCGGACGGACGCCGCGGCGAUGGCGGCGGACUACAACGUCUGGUACAACACGGUCCUCGGCGGCGCCGUCGCCGAGCAGCCGCCGACGGCCGUGAGCCCGGGCUUCCGCGAGUCCGUCAUCGAGCUCGGGCCCAACGUCCACUGGUUCGACGCGGCCGACGACGCGCCGAACACCGCCUUCGGCGCGCAGUUCUCCCGCGAGCUCAACGCGUUCGGGUCGACGUCCUACUUCAACGAGUGGUCCGCGCCCGACGCACUCGACGACGUCUUCGCGGACUGGCGGACACGCUUCUUCGGGCCCCACUACGACCGGCUCCUCGCCGCGAAGCGGGCCGCGGACCCCUGCGGCGUCUUCUGGGUCCACCACGGCGUCGGCUCGGACGUCCGCGCCUACGACGCGCGCAACGGGUGCGCCUAUUAA